GCUCAGUAGGAGCUAGUGAGCACAUCCUCCAUUCUCUCCUAAAGCCUCUGGUGUCAGGGUGCUCAGCCUUGCACACACAUUACUGGGGUGUGGUCAAAGAGGACACUAACCUGGCUGGUGCAUUUUCAACUUCUCUGCUCGGACUUGUAAGACUACCUCUAAAAAAAGCACCAAAAAAUACUAGUACGGCAGUAACAUUUUGAUUCAACACUGGAAUUCAGCUGAUUCUUUAGUAAGGACUAUUUUGUGGUAGGGCAAAUCUUUCCUACUUGUUUUUAAAACAAGGUGUUUACAGUUACAGUUACUUUUGUACAGUAACUUUACUGGAUCAUUGUCAUACGUGUUCCAUAAGACUCCAGUCUAACUAAACCAUGGAAUGCCUGAAGUUAGUUCUGCAGUAUUUUCAGUCCAACCCUGCAUCGUACUGGCCCUGAUCUGCAUCGUUCUGGCCCUAAUCAGUGUGAACCUCUAAACCAGCUUUGACUUCAACUGCCCCUGUAUUCCACAAUAUAACAAACUCUACGCACUGGGGGUGAUGUUUGUCCCACCUUUAAUAUUCUUCUUCCUGGGAAUCUUGGUCAAUCGACACACGGGAAUCAUGAUGGAAGAAUGGUUGAGACUCAUUGGGAAAAGAAGCAAAGAUCAUGCCAUUGUCAAGUGAGUUUUCAAGUGCUGCUGUCAAACCACCUCAUGUUCCUGUGUUUACUACCACCAUUACUACUAUCAUCACAGCUUUUAGUCCAACAACUACAACUACUUCCUGUAAUUAUUGGGAUGUUAUAACCCUCUCCAAGUACAUGUUCUCUGCCAUGAUGCAUAGGGCUCUACUGGCGCCAAUGGUGUGGAUUCUGGUCACUCUGCUGGAUGGGAAGAUCUUCAUCUGUGCUUUUGGCAUGAGUGUAGUCCCCAAGCCGUUCUCUGGUAAAUAUAACCACAACACCUUUUAAUGACAGUAUAACCUUAACUAAUAGCAGACUGUAUCUCCAACUCUGACUUUGACCCAAGCCCUCACCCAGAGUAAAACUAGUCUUGUCUAGUCUUGUAACAUUCUAACUUGGACUCAAACACUAACUUUAACUUAGUUGUACUCUAUUUUUCCACAGGCAUGCCCGAAAACACUGGCCUGGACCUGGUCUAGCUCAUGGCCAAGGUGUCUUGCGAGGAGGACUUGGUCUUCAGGAAUAUCACAUUCCGUAAAGCUGUUUCACGCUACGUGCGCCGCUACUCCCAAGCGAUUGGAUGGUCUAUCCUCCUCUUCUUCAUUCUUUUGGGUGUACUGGGCCGUCUCAUCAAGCCCUGCUUCAAUGACCAUGCCACCAACCUUCGGGCACGCUACUGGAGCAACUACCUAGACAUCGAGCAGAAGCCCUUCGACUAGACGUGCGUGCUGCGGUUUUGCCCGCAAGUGCGUGGUGCAGUAUUUCGAGGGCAUGCGGGAAGACGCAGUGCGAGGACUGCCUCUCUCACCCGAAGUCAGGUACAGGAGGAAAGAAGAUAUGGUGGAAGAGGAGGAGAGACUCCAUGGGAUUACCCAGCAAGAACAGAUGGAUCAGCUGCUUCAAACAUGAUUCCAGUGUAAACCUGAGCUGGAUGUCACUAGAAUGGCCUACAGGCCUAGAGUGUGUAACCUGGGAGGAUGACAAUGGAAAAACCCUCUACUCAGACGUUUAGACGUGUGUGUGAUUGUGUAAAUAGUACUUAUUCGCUUAUUACUGUUUUCCAUGGGCUGCAUAAUAUAGAGUGUACCUAGAAACUAUGUGCCUGUGGGUAUUGGAAUGUGCUGGGAUUUAGACUGACUUGUUCUGCAUAGUUCAUUUUACAUACUGCUCAACUCCAUGGAUAUCAGACAGAUGCAAAUUAGGGAUGGACUGAGUUAUUCACCACUUGAUAUUAUGCUAGUUAUUCUUCAAAAGGUACCUGGUACUAAUGGUGAUAGAUUUAAUGAAUCCCAAAAUAAUUCAUUGGUUACUACUGUGUAAUUACCAUACAUGUGUUUUGGUAAACAACUGGUCAUGUCUGUACUGUAAAAUAAAGUGCAAUUGA